AUGUCCUAUUCAUUCCCUCAGACGAACCCCUCCUUCCCCUCUCAACACCCCUACGGUGAUAACUACUGGCGCGCAGCGAGCCGCAGCCCCAAUGGCAGAUUACCAGGAUACGGGCUCUCAGGACAGCCCACCGGUCUACCAACCCCGAACCGCUUAAGCCCAUUCCUCAAUAACAACCGUGCAACCCUGCCAUUAUAUAAAGACAAGCCAUAUUUUGCUCCCAAGCGUACGGGUCCGAGGAGUAAGCGGCGCCAGACUCUAUACUGCGGGUUAACUAUCUUUAUCUUGACAGUGCUGUGGUAUUGUUUAUCUGGGUUGACGUGGAAUAGCGAAGUCAAGACGCCUGGCUCUGCCAAGGGAGCGGAGCUUUGGGAGUGGGUGCAGAGUUUGGAGAAGGAGGGUUUGGAGAAGAGUGGGAAGCAGAAGAAUGUUGAUUGGGAUGCGCGGAGGGAGAAGGUUAAGGAUGCAUUUAUUGUGAGCUGGGAUGGGUAUGAGAAGUAUGGAUGGGGAUUCGAUGAGUUCUCGCCGAUUGCCAAAAAGGGGACACACAUGAUCCCAGGUGGAAUGGGUUAUAUCAUCGUUGAUGCAUUGGAUACAAUGAUGAUAAUGAACCUCACCUCGCGAGUCCAACACGCACGCGAUUGGAUUCAGAACUCGCUGCAGUAUAACCAGGACAGCCAAGUGAACACGUACGAGGCGACGAUUCGUAUACUGGGCGGUCUCUUGUCAGCGCAUUAUUUAUCAACGAGAUAUCCGAAUCUAGCCCCAAUCUCUGAUGACGAUACUGGCUCGCCCGGGGAGGACUUGUAUAUUGAGAAGGCCACGGAUCUUGCGGAUCGAUUGCUUGGAGCGUUUGACUCUCAGUCCGGAGUGCCAUUUGCGGGUGUGAACCUCAACACAUCGGAGGGUGUCACGUCACAGCUAAACGGCGGGGCGUCGUCGACAGCAGAGUCCACGGCGUUGCAGCUUGAAUUCAAGUACCUUGCCAAGUUGACAGGCGAGUCGGAAUACUGGCAGUUGGCGGAGAAGGUCAUGCAGGUUGUUGACGACCAGAAGGCAGAAGAUGGUCUGGUACCUAUCUCUAUUCACCCAGAUGGCAAGUUCCGAGGCGAAAGUCUCACUGUCGGCAGCUGGGGGGGUUCAUAUUAUGAGUAUCUUAUCAAGCAGUAUCUACAAACAUCCGAGCCCAUCUACAAGGACAUGUGGGACCAAUCUCUGAUGGGCAUUCGCGAACAUCUCAUCACUUACAGUAAAUCGGCACAACUGACAAUAUUGGGUGAACGACCGGACGGAAUCCGUGGUUCUUUGAUACCCAAGAUGGACCACACGGCAUGCUUCUUACCGGGGACAAUAUCUCUAGGUGCUACGGGAGGCCUACCGCUGUCUGACGCGAAGAAGUCACCAGAGUGGUCAGGACGACAGGACGAGGAGAUGCUCUUAUCUAAUGAACUAAUGAAAACAUGCUGGGCAACGUACUUGACAACAAAGACUGGACUGGCACCGGAGAUUGCAUUUUUCGAGACGGACCAGCCCCCAAAGACAAUGACCGAUAUGUACUCUCCAUCUUCGCCUUUGAAACCGGUAUCCCAAUCGCUCGACACAGAAGAUAAGUCGCAAUCGGGUUGGCGAUCUGACAUCCAGCUCCAAAGUAUGGACCUGCACAACCUACAACGACCAGAGACGAUUGAAUCACUCUUCUACCUCUACCGAAUUACCGGAAAUGGGACCUACCGAGAAUGGGGAUGGGAGAUAUUCAAGUCUUUCAUGAAGCACACUCCAGUUGUCGAAUACGACAACCACUACCGUUUCUCUCCUCAACGCAAACGCAGUGACAGCUCAUCAUCGUCAUCGUCAUCACCAUUGUCGGGACGGAUCGUGGGAUUCACAUCCCUAGACAACGCGAACAUCGUCCCUCCCCUGCGGCAAGAUAAUAUGGAAGGACACUGGUUGUCGGUGACGCUCAAGUACUUCUAUCUGUUAUUCUCGGAGAGGGAUUUUAUUCCCCUCGAAGACCAUGUGUUUAAUACAGAAGCACAUCUGUUCCCACGGUUCCAGCCUAGUGGGGAGUUGAGGACUGGUUGGAAACGACAGGAGCGGUGA